GCAAGGCUUCAGCUACUGACACACAGAAUGCACCUCAUAUCCUGGUGUUUCGCUGCUUAUAUUCAUUCCAAAUAAGGAUAGAAAUUUGCGCUGGAUAUUUCAUUUUUAAAUAUCAUUUUUCAACCAGUUUAUAAUUAUUAUUUCUGUAAUCUCCUUUGGGAUUGCAUUGUCCUCUGAUGAGAAAAGAAAGGGGACAGUGUGUGGCAUAUUUUGGCAUGAGCUUGGUAUGGAGAAAAGGGACGAGGUCAUGGCAGCUGCUUGGCCACUGCAGCCUGAAAGGUGAGAUAGCAUCAGGACAGAGACACAGCAAAUAGGGAAACAUUUUAGCAGCCUUUUUGCAGGAAAACGUGUGUCAUCAGGAGCCCUCAUACUGUGCAUGAGGCAGCACCCACCUCCUCCUUGCACCUCAGCGUUGUAGCCUGAUUGAGGAUCCCUGCCCGCUAGAGCAAUGCUGCCCGGGGUGGGCGUAUUUGGAACUAGCCUGACUUCCAGGGUGAUCAUCCCCUUGCUGAAGGACGAAGGAUUUGCAGUGAAAGCACUAUGGGGAAGGACACAGGAGGAGGCUGAGGAAUUAGCCAAGGAAAUGAGUGUCCCCUUCUAUACCAACCGCAUAGACGAUGUGCUGUUGCACCAAGACGUGGACCUAGUGUGCAUCAACCUGCCCCCUCCUCUCACGAAACAGAUAGCUGUGAAAACCCUAGGAAUUGGUAAGAACGUUAUUUGUGACCGAACGGCAACUCCUCUUGACGCCUUCAGGAUGAUGUCAGCUGCCCACUAUUAUCCUAAGCUUAUGAGCAUCAUGGGAAAUGUCUUGCGCUUCCUUCCUGCUUUUGUGAAAAUGAAGCAGCUGAUCCAAGAAGGAUAUGUGGGUGAAUUACAAGUGUGUGAGGUACAGGUCCACAGCGGAAGUCUCCUGGGAAAGAAGUAUAACUGGAGCUGUGAUGACCUCAUGGGUGGAGGAGGUCUACACUCUGUGGGUACUUACAUCAUUGACCUUCUCACCUUCCUAACCAGCCAGAAAGCAGUAAAGGUUCAUGGGCUUCUUAAAACUUUUGUGAAGCAGACAGAUCACAUCAAAGGGAUACGCCACAUAACCAGUGAUGAUUUCUGCACAUUUCAAAUGGUUCUCGAAGGCGGCGUAUGCUGCACUGUUACCCUAAAUUUUAAUGUUCCUGGAGAGUUCAAACAAGAUAUAAUUGUGGUUGGAUCUGCUGGUAGACUGAUUGUAAUGGGGGCAGAUCUCUAUGGACAAAGAAACUGCUCAUCUGAGCGUGAGCUACUUCUAAAAGACUCCACACCUGUGAGCAAUUCGCUCUUGCCUGAGAAAGCCUUCAGUGAUAUCCCAUCUCCAUACUUGAGGGGGACUAUUAAAUUGGUGCAGGCUGUAAGGCAAGCUUUUGAAGACCAGGAUGACAGGAGAACAUGGGAUGGAAGACCGUUAACUAUGGCUGCCACUUUUGAUGACUGCCUUUAUGCACUCUGUGUGGUGGACACCAUUAAAAAAUCAAAUCAGACUGGAGAAUGGCAGAACAUUGUGAUAAUGACAGAGGAGCCGGAGUUGAGCCCUGCAUACCUAAUUAGCGAAGCCAUGCGCAGAAGCAGAAUGUCUUUGUAUUGCUAGCAUGCAGUACAGCAAUAGCCUGAAUUAAAAUAAUUUAUCAUUAUAAUUUUGUGCUGUAUGGCAUUCUAAUAACGGGAAGACGAUGACUAGUGCUGUCUGCACUAUAGUGUGUAUCAUUAUUGUAUCUGUAAAGGAAUGUGUCCUUUUUCCUUAGCAGACAAACUGUGAAGUUUUAUGCGAAUGUAUUUUAUUGGGAGGAGGGGCAUAAAGAACCCUUAAAAUAUAACUUAAUUUGCCUUGUGGGGUCUUAAAAAUCGAUGUUCAUUGCAGAUGUAUUCAUUUUUAAGGGGAUUGUUUAUAUGGGAGCUUAGAAAAUGUGAAUGUUAAUCCUACUGAAAUUAUACCACAUUUGUUCAGAGUUAGUGGUCUAUUACAGUGUUAGGUCUUGAUAAUACAUUUUGAAUGAGAUUAAUGGGGUAAGAAAACAGAUAAAAAAAACUUUAAACUGUUAUCAUUCCUAAAAUGUAAGUUAGAAAUAUUUAUUUGUAUUGUCAACUGCUAUUAAAAAUUCAUUAAGAAUGUAUAGUUUACAUUCUUAAUAACGGCA